AUGGGCAGUCUUGACAACACCAUUCCUCCAUUCCCGGAUGAUGUGCCUACGGUGCCAAUCGCCCGAAUCUCAUACUCCAAGCUAAAGUGCUCUGAUGAAAAUGAGAUGAACAAAGUUCUCAAAGCUUCUCAAUCAGAUGGCUUCUUCUAUCUUGACCUCACCGAUGACCCCGCGGGACAAUCUCUUCUGAACGACACCGAAGAUGUCCUCGCUAUCUCAAAACGCGCUCUGAACAUCCCUCUGAACCAAAAGAUGGAAUGUCUCGCUGCGCGAGGCAAACAAAUGUUCGGCUACAAACCCGCCGGGGCAGUCAAGCAGACUGAUAAAGAUGCACGACCUGAUACAACAGAGUUCUUCAACGUGAGCAAAGAUCACUUAUUGGGAAACUCUGAGUCGCGAAACUAUCCUGCCGAGAUCACCAACCAGUGGACGUACUUGGGGAAGUUUGCUGAAAACUGUCACUCUUUGGGACUCAUGAUCCUUCGCAUUUUAGCCCAGCAACUUGACCUACCAUCCGACGAGUUUGCCAGGAGAAAUAACAUCUCUUCAAUUUCUGGAGAUCAUAUCAGAAUGACCAAGAUGCCAGGUUGUGACUCGGUAGAUGGUAAAAGAAUUGGUCUUGCAUCCCAUACGGACUUUGGCAGCAUCACCGUGCUGUUCAAUUGGGUCGGCGGUCUUCAGAUCCAAUCUCACGACCCCGCAAGACAAGGAGAAUGGGCAUUUGUCAAACCAUUACCCGGACACGCUAUCAUCAAUCUCGGCGAUGCAAUGGUAAAGUUCAGCAAUGGACGCCUCAAGUCGGGAAAGCAUCGCGUUGUGCCUUUACCUGGACCGUCAGGACAACUAGAUCGGUACAGUUUGGUGUAUUUUGUCAGACCAGCUGAUGAUGUGUUGAUGGAGCCUGUUGAGCAGUACAAGGAUGAACCUGUCGUUACUGUCGGCGGGAAAGUUGGUGAGGAGAGGGUUUAUACUGCUGGGGAGUGGUUGUCACGCAGGUUGAAACAGAUGUCAAAGUAA